AUGAAUAGGAAGAAACAUGCACUAGACGAAGACCAUGAUGGUUAUUAUGAUGAUGAUGAUGAUGAUGAUGACAAAGAAAGAGAAGGAGAGCGGGAAAGAGACAGAAGCGAGCUCGUGGACAGAUCAGGCAAACGAAUCAAGUUGGAUUCGAUGAUGAAAAAGCUAGACUUGAAUGAUAAUAAUUUGUCUACCGCUGCAACCAACAGAACAAACAAGGAGUAUAUACUACCUCGAGUCAAGACAUCAUUCAACAUAUUCAAAAAGGAAGACAAUGCACCACAAACUUAUACUUCAUCACGUUUUAACUCAUAUGUCAAUGACCGAAUAGUAAACCAUUUCCAAGAAGUUCUAAUAUCGGGUUUGAAGAUUAUCCCAUGGUACAAUUACCAAUUCUUGAUUAUUUACAUUUACCGGAAAUGGUUUGUAAAAUUGUUUAAUCGGUUUCUCAAAAAAUAUAAUGCAAGAAACGGAACACGUCUACAGCUAUUCACCAAUUAUGACAAAAUCGUACAACUUAUACCCGAAGGAUUUCUCACAUGGAACGAUUUAAAGAAUAUUAUUUAUGAGGAAAACCGACUAGAAAUUAAACGAUUAAAGUUGAAAAACGAAAUGCGACAGUCACAAAGAAAUUCUGACAAUAUAAGGAAAGAAGCAGAAGAGUACAAGGACCUUGGCUAUAAUUACUGGGAUAAUUUGAAAUUCGAUAGAGAUUUGGAUAUGCUAGAUGCAGAUGAUGAUGAUGACAACCCUAUACAAUUCAACUCAACAGAGCCUAAAAUAGUUGUGUUGCAAAAUGACACAGAUGACCAUGAUGCCCAAAUGAUGGAAGUUAAUGCACCUGUAAAAGUCAACUAA